AUGCAGGCGUUCCUGACGGGGCUGAAACCCUCGAGGUUCUUCUGGUCACUAAUUGAGAAGCCGCCGGCCACUGUCCCUGAGAUGCUCCACCGUGCCAACCAAUACGUCGCCGGCGAAGCGUUGGCAACAGGAAGACGCACGGUCGGGAAGAUACCGCGGAUCGAGCAAUCCCGAGCCGCCACCUCGUCGGUCGACCCGCAGCCCCGUCGGAGGCUUGACCAUCCCGAGCAGCGGCUCCCGAGGCCUCCGCCCCUCCCACUCAACACGCCUCGUACCGAGAUCUUCCUCCAGAUCAAGGAGAAAGGUCUUUUGCGGCCCCCCAAUCCCAUGAGAGCUACUUACAAAAAUCGGUCGAAAUACUGUAGGUUCCACCGAGACCAUGGCCAUGACACGGAGGACUGCCACGACCUCCAGAACCAGAUUGAGGAGCUGAUCAGAAGGGGGUACCUCGGCCGCUAUCUCAAGGAACCUCCAAAAGCAACCCCGCGUCCCCGGAUGCCCGUCGAAAGGCAGGUCGAUGUCAUCAUCGGGGGACCGGCGGCAGGCGGCGGCAGGCGGCGGCAGCUCAAGCGCAAGGAAAUCCUACGCCCGGAGCUCGGUCGAGAAACGCCCCCGACCCGAGCUAGAACCCGAAAUCUCUUUUGGGGCUGA